AUGGAUCCCUUCCCAUUCCCAAACACGCUGGAGGAGGUUGUGGGUCUCGUCAAACGUCUCUACCAACCUGGCUCUCCACAAGAGCUCUCUCAAAUCCAAGCAACCUUACAAGUGGUCCAACGUUCUUCAGAGGGAUGGAAACUAGCAGAUUCUCUCCUUGGCAUCAAUGACGAACUUCUUCAGUUCUUUGGGGCCCUUACUUUUACAGUGAAGCUCAAUUCUGAUAGCGAAUCGGUCACGGAAGAGGAUGUUCCAAUCCUAAGGGACCGUCUUAUCGGCUGGCUAAUCAAUGUCGCUUCCAACAACUUCUCCCAAAUGGUCAUUAAAAAGCUUUGUUCAACCUCCGUCGUGUUCUUCCUACGUUUUCCAGAAAGCUGGCAGAAUCUCAUUAGACACGUGGUCUGUUCACUCUGCUUGGGCCGCGUCGUACCGGUUGAAGAACUAGAAAGACUUCCUACCUCAGAUCUAUUAUUACGUAAAGCAGACAGCAGAAGUAAAAUUACGGCCUUGUGGUUUACAGCUAUUCUUGUGGAAGAGGUGGGAAAGGUUGAUGGAAAGAACGUCAAAAACCUCCGCUUUCAUGACAGAAUACAUUCAAAUGUGGACGAAGCUGUUUUACUAAUAUGGGACUCUAUCGCUGGGGGUUAUAUUGAUGAGGCCGGAAACAGAUCGUCUGAAUGUGAUACUCGACUUGUGAGGGAAGGUAUAAAAACCUUUCAGUCAUGGGUCUUCUACUCCCUACGUGCUAUCCUAGAUUCAACCCACACAUUUCCUGAAUUGAAACGUCUAACCACGCCCGUUCUCAACUGGAUGGCGCAUCCCGACAUGUUUGACGUGGCAUGCGACGUAAUCACAGAUAUUCUUACGCAUUAUUUUACAUUCUUCACGCCUGAGGAUGAGUCCUGCCUAGCAGGUAUCAUUGUAUCUCCAUGGGCCCUUGAGCGCUACGAAUUACUCACAUCCGGGGAUGGAGACUCAGAAGAGUCACUCCAAUUUGGUCGCCUCAUUGUAGCGUAUUCAGAGGCAACUGUGCUAAAGAUCGCACGUAACUGGGAUAAGCAACAAAGUCGGACCUUAAUGAAGAUGCUUCAUGGAAUGUUAAAAGUUCCCGGAUGGGCCAUGGCAGAGGAAGAAAUUUCUGGAACGACAUUUGAAUUCUGGAGCAGCUUUGCCGAAUUUUUGUUAGACCCCGAGGGGAUCGACGAAGACCAACUUGGAAUAGUGUUGAUGGCAGGUAAAAAAGAAAUUUUACAGGCCGUUGAAGAGUUUUGGAGGAAAAUACGGAUACCGGGUGGUCACCAAUCUCAGUCAUGGUUAUCAUGGACUAAGGACCAGAGGGACGGCUUUAUGACCUUCAGGAAGGAUGUAGCUGAUUUGGUGGAAGUAGUGUACGGCGUCUUGGGGGCCGAGCUGUUCAGACGACUUGUUAAUCAAGUUUUGGGAGCUUUAUUCCAAGCAGAUGAAGGCAGUGAUGUUGUUUGGGAGGAUGUGGAGGCGAGUUUAUUUUGCCUCAACUCUCUAAGCGACUCUUUGAGCGAGGAACCAGAAGAGGAUGAAUCCCUGGAGAUAUUGUUCGGGGGGAAACUGUUUGUUAUAUUGGCAGAUUUCGGAAACCACAUACCUAUCAAAGCAAGACAAACUGCCGUCAGUUUGAUCGCCUUGCCAUCGGAUGGAGAAAAAUUGGGGCCUGUCAAGAGACUCCUAGGUUUUGUUGAGCAGGAUGUUCAGGAAUGCUUGUCACUGGUAGCUCAACAGAACGAAGAAGCAAAAGAAGUGGCUUUAUUGGCUUUGCGGUGUUUGAUUUCCAUUGGGAGAGGCCUACAAGUCCCAGAAGAUGUUCCAAUUCUUCUACCCGGCGAAGGACCACCGCAGCCCCGAUCAUUCUGGGAGCGUGGUGAUGGAUUAGUUGUCCAAAGACGACUUCUAGAUAUUGUUCGGACCCUCGUUAUAAGCUUGCACGAAGAUGGCGAAGUAGUUGAUGCUGCUUGUGCGGUCUUCCGAACAGGCUUUGCAGAAACCACCCCAGGCCCAUUUGUCUUUGCACCACAGGUGAUCACAGGGUUUUUACUUGAAAGAGCAAAUAAUGGUGUUCGAAUCGAGUCAGUAUUAUCGACAGGCUGUACGAUGGUCAGCUCACAUUCAACAGAUGGCAGCCCCGACAUUUCGGCGGAGGUAAUGCAAUUCAUGGAAUUUAUUAUGACCCUUGUGGAAAGAAUGCAGGACCCACAGACAGACCCGGAGGCAUCUCAAAGUGUGGUGGAGUUCUUAAAUAGAAUGUUGUCUAGAUAUGUCAAUAUUCUCGUGCAAUACCAACCCACGGAGAGGAUGCAGAUGUUGUUUGGAUUUGUGUUGAAUGCCUUGGCUGUCAGAGAACCGUUGGUAAAGAAAGCGGCCGCUACUUUCUGGGCGACAUUUGUCUCUUUAGCAGAUCAGCCACCACCUGUCCAGGCUGCGAUAGAUGGUGUUGUAGCCAUGUGCGGCACAGCUUUGGCCGAGAAACUUGUCUGGGGUGUCGGAGGUGGAGCUGCGAGGAGUGAAGUUGACAGUCUUGCAGAGCCUCUUAAAAGAUUGGUGGCUAGGCAAGUCAAGGCCAAAACUUGGCUUUCUACUGCUCUAUCAAGAGAUGGUUUCCCAAGUCCGAACUUGACGGACAAGAGCAAAACACGGUUUUUAAAUAGUGUCAUCAGGCUGGGAAAAUCAGUUUAA